CAGACUAUACUUUGUUAAUAAAAAUGUUUUAAAUUUGUUUUGCUCUGCUUUCUUGGAGCCCGCGUUGCUCAGGCAUAAGAUGAAAGCUGAACUGAUCUGUUUUCUUCUGCAGGUCUGUAGUAGAGCUGAGCGUCACUGAAAGGCUCUCCACUAACCGCUGCGCGUAAUGCACACGGCUCACAGGGAAGAAUGGAGAGGGAUAAGACCUAUAGGUCAGUUUAAAUCCACAGAGAUGCAUUAUACCUACAGCAGAUAAACGGUCGUUUAUAUCAACGCGUAUCAUUCACUGCAUUUGAGAGUUUGGAUAUUAAUGGUGUGCGUUUUACGCGGACCUGGAUAAGUCUGUUUUAGAGGGAUAUCAGAGCGAACCGCGUGGAAUUGCUAUUAUUAGAGGCAGUUUGCACGAGCAAAGUAAGGUUGCAUGUCAUGGGUUCUCUUCUGGCAUUAAUAUUGGCGCUCUCCAUGAGCGCAUCAUGGGGAUGCCAACUGCCCCACGACUGGAGACCUCAAACGGAAGCGUGCCGCGCAGAGCUGGCGGAGAUCAUAGUUUUUGCCAAAGUGCUCGCCCUUCAUAAGGAGUCUUACAGCGUGUACAACUACCUGCCGUGGCAGUACGACACGGAUCUGUUCUUCUCCGCGGAGAUCGAGCUGCUGUGCGAUCAGGCAUGGGGCAGCAUGUUGGAGGUGCCAGCCGGAUCCAGGUUCAAUGUCAGCGGGUUGGGAUAUUUCCCCUGCUACUCGUACAGCGUCAUGGAGAAUAACUCCUACUAUUUCUUUUUGAGGAUGGAUGAAAACUACAGUAUCAUUCCUCACGGAGUCAACUUCCAGGACCCCAUCUUCCCGGACACACCGGAGAACCACCGCAUGUUUUCCAGCUUAUUCCAGUUUUCCAACUGCACAGCUGGCACACAGGUUCACAUGUACACCCCAGACUGGGAGGUCCAAGAGGACAACCGACUAUGGUGCUCCAAUGUGCAGAAGGCCUUAUUUGAGGAGGAAGAGAAAGUCAGAAACCUCUCUCAGAAAGUGAAGAUCCUGGAAAAGGCCAACAAUCACCUGAGGGACAAGGUGAAGAACAUGAAACGUCUCUUGAGGCAGGCCAAACAAGAGACUAAAGAGCCGGUUCAAAGCUUCAAACUGCUUCAUGAAGCCAAACCAGAGUUACUCCAUCCACAACAGGACACCACCCAGGACCAGAAGCCUCCUCUCAGGAAAAUCCUGCCCAAAAAGCUCAAGAACUAAGAGCCAUUCCUGCACUAAAGGAAAAUUGAUUAAAAUGAUGGUGUAUUGGCAGAUCUAGAUGAUGGGGUCAUAGGGAGUGCUGAGAGGUCAUAGGGAUCUAUGAAGAUAGUGUAGCCUUCAAAAGGUUCUCAUGUGCAAAGAACCUUCUCCUGUGGAUUAUCCUUCAAAAUGAAUAGACAAAUAAAUCUUGCAAAGGGGCAUUUAUUAAAUUGUUCUUUAAUGACUUCAGAAGGUUUAGACAAACAACUUUUUCAUUUAACUAAAUGUAUAAUAUCAUCAAAAGGCAAAAUAACAAAAAUCAAACAAUGUUUUGACAUUAUAAUCAUCAAUCCAUCAAUUGAUCCUUGAUCAAAAUGUGAAAAUACUGAUAUAAAUUACAACUUUCAACCACAACAUGAGGUUUAGGCCAGUAAAAUCCAAUGAUAAUCGAAAAUAAUGUUUGUGAGAGCAAAUUUUGUCUUUCUGCCUAGAUGCAGAUGUCAUUGUUAAUCGGGCAGAGCCUGACAAGAUCACGGAUACAGAUCAAAGUCUUGUGAAUUUAUUUGGCCAAGUGUUAACAUGGAAAAAAGGUCACCUUUUCACAUUACUGUAAGUUAGUUGAAAACUCAAAGAAACAUCCAUUUUCGUGUACAAGACAGACACAAAAUCUGUUUUUGAGCUUUUGUUUAGAAGUUCCAUACAUAUUCUUGUUUGACCAUUUAUGACAAAAAUAUAAUCUUAAGUCAGUGCACAUUAUGAAUCUCCUGGUUUAGGAUCAGCUUUCCCUUUUCCAUUUGAUUUUUUUUUUACAUUUUUUUUUUUUUUUUUUACAUUUUUUAAUGAGUUUUAUAAUUGUAAACAGGGUGCUGAGCACCUGACACACACACACAUAUAUAUAUAACCUUUUCUCAGUGAAGCUAAAGUGAAAAUGUUCACCAUUUAAGGUACCGUUUACUGACAAUGUGUUAAAAAUUGUUUUUAAUUGUAAAAAUAUGUAUUAUCAUUUUCUACUUAUCACAUUCACAUGUAUUCCAAUGAGUAAUUAAAUAAACGUCACAUUUCCCUUAA